AUGUUUAGCUCCCCUGAAGCAGCACCAGCUCAACUUACUACUAUUUGCUCAACUGCAUUGCAGCGUGAUUUUGAGCGUAUUCUCAGCUAUGUAAUUUGUAAUUGAUUCUUUUCAGCCGAGAGGGGAAGGACUGUCAAGGGGCAUACUAACUCCGCUGAAGUUCCUCUUCUUCUGUCUUUCCAUAAACUAGUCGGUCAAUUGUAUAGAAUCAGCUGUUCUCACUUGCUAUCAAUUCUGGUUAAGCAAGUUUCCUGUAAACAUUCAGGUUGCCAAACUCAGAUGACAUAGAUGAUUAAUAAAUAGCGUCUUCUGUCAUUUUGUCAAACGUAUGAUUCAUAAAGUCUGGGGAGUGUUCAUGAGGGCAGAUCUACCCACAAUAAUGUUCCCCCUCUCGACAUGCGGGGAAUGAACGGUCAACAUUCUACAAAGCUUCUGAAACUCAGCUGCCAAUUCCUGGUCACAAAACUGGAGACCUCCGUUAUGAGCGAACUUCGCAGAAGGCCGAACAAGCGGAAACACCAAUUCAGCAACAGGAACACCUCUGUCAACAUCUAGCAGGCAAAGAUGUCAGUGACAUAAUAGCUGCGAUGGAGAUAACCGGCGCAAUCGUUAGGCUAUUUCAGACCACCCUAAAAAAAUCCACUCUAGGUAGCUCCUCAGCCUCUUCUCCCCCUUCUGAACACAGCAGCUAGACGCUGAGCUUGUUAUGACAGAAUUACCGCCGCAGCUGCCUUUGGUGAUGAGGAACCGCGCCAAACUACUCAAAAAUGGAAAUGGAGAGGAACGUUGA